CAUCCUUCCUCUUCCCUUUUUUUUUUUUUCUUGGUGUCUCGCACUUUUUUUUUAUUAUUAAACCAUCAUGGCAGCUCACGACCAUCACGACCAUUCCAACUGCAGCCAUGACCAUGGUGAACCCAAGAAAAACGUUGCCUCUGAUGAAAUGGCACUUCGUAAACAAGCUGCAGAUAAACUUGCCAAGUCCUUAAUUCAGUUACAAGAAAUCGCUAAUGAGCACAAAAAGCUAGUUGGUAAAAGUUCAAACGAACCUGUCAAUAAAGCCGACGUGGAUCUUUUGAUAAAGGAAAUGGGAUUAACAAAGGCAGAAGCAGAAUCCGCUCUCAGAGCCAAUAAGUGUGAUAUCAUUGCAACUUUGACUUGUUUAGUCAAGCAAUAAAAAAAAAAAAAAAAAACGUGAUUUUUUUUUUUUUUUUUGCCACGUCACAAUACCAAUUUU